GUUAAAACAGGAAGGGAGAUACUUGAUGCUAAGCUAAGCUAACUGGAGCCUGUGUUCUGUUACAGUCCAUUGAAAGUUAAAGUUUCAGGCUUUUCUACAAACACUCGGAACCAUCAGAGCUCAGAGGCCUGUGGAUCGGUCCAGGCCGCCAUGGUCCACCUCCAGCUAGCAUUUAGCUCCUUCAUGUGUUCAGUUCAACUCAGUGAAUGUUCUGAUGGAUUCUGUGUGACCUACUGGUUCAUAACUGGAGGGUCUGGCUCAUGAAACCUGUAGGUCCGGAGUGUUUGAGCAGGUGUGCUGAGGUGAAUAAGUCCAGGUAUGACGGUGAAUCUGAUUGGCUGAACUGUCUCCUGCAGGUGAUCUGGGACGUGAUCGGAAACAGACAGUUCUGCUCCUUCAAAGUCAAGACCAAGAGUCAGAACUUCUGUCGGAACGAGUACAACAUCACCGGGCUGUGCAACCGCUCGUCCUGCCCGCUGGCCAACAGCCAGUACGCCACCAUCAGGGAGGAGAAAGGUCAGUGUUUCCUCUACAUGAAGGUGAUCGAGAGGGCGGCGUUUCCUGCCAGGAUGUGGGAGAAGGUGAAGCUGAGCAGGAACUAUGAGAGAGCUCUGGAGCAGAUCGACGAGAACCUCAUCUACUGGCCUCGCUUCCUCCGACACAAGUGCAAGCAGAGGUUCACCAAGAUCACCCAGUACCUGAUCCGCAUGCGCAAGCUGGUGCUCAAGAGACAGAGGAAGCUGGUUCCUCUGAGCAGGAAGGUGGAGAGCAGAGAGAAGAGGAAAGAGGAGAAAGCUCUGAUCGCCGCUCAGCUGGACAACGCCAUCGAGAAGGAGCUGCUGGAGCGUCUCAAACAGGGAACGUACGGAGACAUCUACAACUUCCCGGUCCACGCCUUCGACAGAGCUCUGGAGCAGCAGGACGAAGAGUCGGAGUCUGAGGAGGAGGAGGAGGAGGAAGAGGAGGACGACGAGGACGUGGGAAGGAGAGAGUUUGUAGCUGAAGAGGAGGUGGAGGAGAGCGACCUGAGCGACUUCGAGGACAUGAACAAGCUGAAGACGAGCAGCGACGAGGAGGAGCAGGACGAGUCCAGCGAGGAGGAGGAUGAGGAGGAGAUGGAGGUCCAGACGAAGGCCUCCAGGUCCAAAGGAAAGUCUCCGGCCAACGGCUCGGCGGCGAGGAAGAAGCGAGCGUACGUGGAGAUCGAGUACGAGACGGAGCCGGCCGCCAAGAGCCGAGCCACGUCGUGACCGUGGCCGUCAAUCAAACCUGGGACUGCUGAGGACACGCCCCCUCUGUUGCCACGGCAACGAGCCGGGCGUUUGUCCGUCACUCCGUUUUGUCCGUAAAAAAGUAAAAGUUUUUUUCACGUGAGCCGGUUUCGCUCACCUGGACGUCUCCACAUCACCUUCAUCAGUCACCAGCCGACUGAUUAUUACGCAGCUUGUUUCCAAUAAAUGAAUAAAUACAUCAGUUUAGUCGUCAGACGGUCACGACGUCGUAGAGUCGAGCUGUCGGGGGUUUGACAACCGAUUCUUAAGCCACAUGCAAAGCGUCUCGACAAGAGGCUGAAGAAACCAGCGACUGGUCCGGUUUGUUGAGUCCAGCAGUCGUACGUUCAGCCGCUCUCUGAAACACAGAAGUCCUCCACAAACAGACGUCUGUGCUUCACAGGAAGUCGAACUCACCUGGAAGCAGCUUCCUGUCGGACGACCUCAAGUGACCUCAAGCUCAAACAACACUUGUUUUUUUUUCUGCUCUGUUGAAAACACGACUUUUACACACAGUCAUGAAUGAACACGUUUGAAUCUGUUUAACUCUGUAAAUGUUUUUGUUUUCAAAAUAAAAGUUAUGAAUAAGAGAAA